AUGUUUACGUAUUUCACGCAUAUACAUGGGAAAGCACAUUGCAAUUGGGGAUUUAGGGUUUUGCUUGUCAGCUACAGCACAACCGGUCUAUCACCAUCUCGACCAAUAUCGUCAUCAUCAUCUCGAGAAGAAGGAACUGUGGAUAUGUCGAGGCAAAUGAACGAUGUAGAGACAGCAACAGCGGAGGAGGAGCAGGUGAUGAGCGAGGUCCACCUGGGAUGCCCGCCUGGCCUAUCCGGGCCGCACAUUUCCCACUUCACCAUUUCUCUUCCAUCUUGUAAAUCUGCUGAUGCUUCUAAAAAUGAAGAUGAAACGGCUUCUAUGAAUCAAACGAUUGGCGUGGACGAAGACGGUGAUCUUGUUCUAAGUAGACGCAACAAACCGUUUUCCCAUUGUCAUAGGUUGACCAUCCGGCACAAUAUCACAUCUUCGAUUCCAAGUGUCGGUUUGCAGGUUUGGAAAGCAGAAUUAGUGUUAUGUGAUUUUGUGUUGCAUAAGAUGUCUACUUCAUCUGAGUAUGAUAGAAUUGUUGCAUUAGAACUUGGUGCUGGAACAGGAUUGGUGGGUAUAUUACUUGCACGUGUUGCAGAGACGGUGUUUCUGACUGACCAUGGUGAUGAAAUCCUUGAAAACUGUGCCAAGAAUGUUGACCUUAAUUCGGGGCUGUUCAACGGUCGAGCUGCUGUUCAAGUACGUGAACUUGAUUGGAUGAGCCCCUGGCCUCCUAGAGUAAGCCCAAGCAAGUCCCCUCUGAAUAAAAGGUACAAAUGGACCCUUUCUGAAGUUGAAGAAGUCCAAGAAGCUUCUUUGCUUGUAGCUGCUGAUGUAAUUUACAGUGAUGACUUGACUGAUGCCUUUUUCAGUGUUUUAGAGAGAUUGAUGUCACUGGGUUCUGAAAAGGUGUUAUACUUGGCAUUGGAAAAGCGCUACAACUUCAGUCUCAGUGAUCUUGAUGUUGUUGCAAAUGGGUAUUCACAUUUCUGUAGUUACCUGAAAGAUGAAAAAGAGUGUGAGGAUUUUGAAAAGCGAUCUGUCCCAUGUUUUGUUGGCAAGCGCAUCAAUAUUGCACAAAUUCCACAGUAUGUGAAGGAGUACGACAGAGGGAAUGAUGUUGAGCUUUGGCAGAUUAAGUACGAGAGACGAAGAUCCUGAAUUAGAUAGACUCCAAUGACAAUGAGACGGAUGUUAUGCAAAGCUUCUACCUGUAAAAGUCCAUUUAUUUUGUUAUUAGGCUUCAA